AUGGCUUGGUGGCGCCACCUCGUUUCCAAAACCCCGACGGCCACACCCCCACCUCUUCUCCCAAACCCUAACCCUUACCCUAAUCGCCUGCAGCUCUCCCUCCUCCUCCUCCAAACCUCUCCAUUCUCCACCUCCUUCCUCAUCACCAAAACCCCCAAAAAAUUCAAAAAAAAGCGCAAGAAAGACGAAAGCCCUCGAACGAAGCUCGUCCAGACCCAACCCAACCUCAUCCCCCACUUCGAGCACAUCGUCGAGCGCGAUGCCCACUUCCGGUUCCUCACAAAAUCCAGAGACUUCCUCUCCAAGCAGCCCCACCGCGUCCUCCGCCUCGACGACGCCGGCAAGCUCCACCGAGAACUCGGCUUCCCUCGCGGCCGGAAAAUCGCCCGAUCCCUCCAGCGCCACCCCGUUCUGUUCCAAACCUACCGCCAUGUCGACAACAAAAUGUGGAUCGGCUUCACCGAGUUCAUGGAAGAUUUGCUCGAACAGGAACGAGUCAUUGUCGACUCAAUGGAAUCGGACCGAGUUAUCAAGGUUCGUAAAUUGCUUAUGAUGUCCGCGAACAAGCGUAUCCCUUUGAGUAAAAUCUACCAUUGCAGGUCCUUAUUUGGAAUCCCAGAAGAUUUUCGGGACCGGGUUUCGAAGUACCCUAAUUAUUUUCGAACUGUGGUUGAGGAAGGUGGGAAGAGAAUGCUUGAAUUGGUGAAUUGGGAUCCGUUGUUGGCGGUGAGCACUUUGGAGAGGGAGUUUAUGGUUGACGAGGAGAAAGUGAAGAGGGCUUUUAGGUUUCCAGUGAAGCAUGGGAAGGAUUUGGGUUUGGAAAAAGAGGAUGAGAGGAAAUUGAACUUAUUGAACUCGCUUCCUCUGGUUUCGCCGUAUUCGGAUGGGUCAAGAUUGGACCUUUGGACUCUGGAAGCGGAGAAGUACAGAGUGGGAGUGUUGCAUGAGUUUUUGAGCUUGACAUUGGAGAAGAGGGCUUCUAUACACCAUGUUGUGGAGUUCAAGGAGGAGUUUAGUUUGACCAAGCAUACUUAUCAGAUGCUUUUUAAGCAGCCCAGAACGUUUUAUCUCGCGGGGACAGAGAUGAAUUGGGUUGUUUUCUUGAAAGAUGCUUAUGACCAAAAUGGGGUUUUGAUUGAGAAGGAUCCGCAGGUGGUUUUCAAUGAGAAGCUGUACAAGUAUGCUGAAAUGAAGGAAAUGGAACGGGGUUGUGUUGAUCAAUGGAAAUGA